GUGUCGUGUAUUUUGGUUCUUUUAUUUUGCUUUUCCUGCAGUCUAGUGUUGGCUGGUGAUCCUGAUUCUGAAGAGAGCGUUGACCUCCCACUGGGUGGUAGUGCUGCUAAAGGAGUGGGUCAACCCGGUGUUGCACUUGAGGAAACACAAGCAGAAUUACAGAUACCGGGUUUAAAAGAAACAACUGGUGCUCCUACACAUAUAGGUGAUGUUAGAGAGACGGAGGAUGAAGUUGAUAGUCAUCAAUUAGGAAAAAUGGCUGAAGAAACAACUCCUCUGGGUGGUGAAGGUCAACGUACUCUUCAAACUGAUCAUCAAGCACCACAAUCAGGAGGAGAUAAUCUCCAUUCUUCUCAACCUCCACCUUCUACCUCAGUGCUAACUGGAGAAAAUAACCGGUCGGCUGCCUCUGCUUUAUCUUCCUCCUCUUCUUCAACAGUUUCAGUAGGCAGAGUUGAACUUGAGAAUGCAAAGAAAGGGGAAAAGGUAGAGAGCCCGCCAACCAAGGAAACGAAAGCAAACAGUGAAUCGACAGAUAACGAUAGCGUCCACGAACCACCUGCCAAUCAAAUAAAUACAGUGAACUCUGACAGUACA